GCGGCGGCGGCGGCAGCAGCAACAGCAACAGCAGUAACAGUAACAGCAGCAGCAGCGGCGGCGGCGGCGGCAGCUCCAGCUCCAACCCCAGCAGCCGCCGCCGCUGCCGCCACGGUGAAGAUGGUGGCUGCGCUGUGCGCCCGGAGGCUGGCUCGGCGUUCGCACUCGGCGCUCAUCGCGGCGCUUACGGUGCUUCUGCUGCAGACCCUUAUCGUGUGGAAUUUCAGCAGCCUGGACUCCGGGGCCGGGGACCACCGAGGCGGUGAGCAGCGUGCCGGUGGAGAGCCGCCCCCAGCCCCGCGCCGGGAGCGCCGGGACCUCCCCCUGGAGCCUUGGGCUGCAGCUGGAGAAGGAGAAAGGGGCCCCCAGCCGCGGGGGGACAAGCUGCUGCGGGAGCGAGGAGGAGGCGGCGGCGGGGGCCACGGCGAGCACCGGGCGCAGCAUCCGCCCCGCCGGGGGGGACCUGCUGCAGGCGCCGCGCAGCUGCCGGGCCGGGCUCUGGAGCCACCACCCAGUCCCUUUACCAGCCUGGAGACACAGGAUGGAUACUUUUCUCAUCGACCCAAGGAGAAAAUGAGGACAGACAGUAACAAUGAAAACUCGGUGCCAAAAGACUUUGAAAAUAUUGAUAACAGUAACUUUGCUCCGAGGACUCAGAGGCAGAAGCACCAGCCAGACCUCGGGAAGAAGCCACUGAGUAAGCAGAAGGAACAUUUGAAGAAGAAACUAGAGCAGGAUGAAAAAGUAAAGGAGAAUUCACUCCUGGGAAAAGGCUCUAAUGAAGCCCUACAGUAUAGCAAUCAAGCUGCCCAGAACAGCAGUGCCGCCAAGGCAAGCCCCAAGUCCUCCAGAUUGCCCCACAGCAGGAAAAAUGGGGCUGGUUCCCCUGAACUCAAGUAUGACCAGCCUCCAAGGUGUGACAUCUCUGGUAAGGAGGCCAUCUCAGCCCUGUCCCGUUCUAAGUCCAAGCAGUGUCGCCAGGAGAUUGCUGAGAUUUACUGCCAACACAAGGUGGGGAAGUUAAUGCCAGAGAAAGUGACCCGUUUCUGUCCACUUGAAGGUAAAGCCAACAAUAAUGUGCGGUGGGAUGAGGACUCUGUGGAGUACAUGCCUGCCAACCCUGUCAGGAUCGUCUUUGUUUUGGUAGUACAUGGCCGGGCAUCUCGGCAACUCCAGCGCAUGUUUAAGGCUAUUUACCAUAAGGACCAUUUUUAUUAUAUCCAUGUUGACAAGAGAUCCAAUUAUCUGCAUAGACAAGUGCUCCAGUUUGCUGGCCAGUACCAAAAUGUGCGUGUGACCUCCUGGAGAAUGGCCACCAUCUGGGGAGGUGCUAGUCUCUUGUCCACCUACCUCCAGAGUAUGAGAGACUUGAUGGAGAUGACAGACUGGCCAUGGGACUUCUUCAUCAACCUCAGUGCUGCUGACUAUCCUAUCAGAACAAAUGACCAACUGGUGGCGUUUCUCUCUCGAUACCGGGACAUGAACUUCUUGAAGUCACAUGGCCGAGAUAAUGCAAGAUUUAUCCGGAAACAAGGACUGGACCGCCUUUUCUUAGAGUGUGACACCCACAUGUGGCGCUUGGGUGACAGGAAGAUCCCUGAGGGCAUCACGGUGGAUGGAGGCUCUGAUUGGUUCCUGCUCAACCGAAAGUUUGUGGAGUAUGUGACCUUCUCCAACGAUGACCUGGUGACCAAGAUGAAACAAUUCUACUCUUAUACCUUGCUUCCUGCUGAGUCCUUCUUCCACACUGUCCUGGAAAACAGCCCCCAUUGUGGCACCAUGGUAGACAACAACCUGCGCAUCACCAAUUGGAACCGGAAGUUGGGUUGCAAAUGCCAGUACAAGCACAUCGUGGACUGGUGCGGCUGCUCCCCCAAUGACUUCAAGCCGGCAGAUUUCCAUCGCUUCCAGCAAACUGCCCGACCAACAUUCUUUGCACGUAAAUUUGAAGCUGUGGUGAAUCAAGAAAUAAUAGGCCAACUGGAUUAUUACCUUUAUGGGAACUAUCCCUCGGGCACCCCAGGCCUCCGGUCCUACUGGGAGAAUGUCUACGAUGAACCUGAUGGGAUCCACAGCAUCAGUGAUGUUGUACUGACCAUGUACCACUCAUUUACCCGCCUGGGUCUCCGAAGAGCUGAGACAUCCUUACACACCGAUGGCGAGAACAGCUGCAGGUACUAUCCAAUGGGUCAUCCAGUGUCCGUUCAUCUGUACUUCCUUGCUGACCAUUUCCAAGGCUUCCUAAUCAAACACCACGCGACAAAUCUGGCUGUGAGCAAGCUGGAGACCCUGGAAACAUGGGUCAUGCCAAAGAAAGUCUUUAAGAUCGCCAACCCGCCCAGUGAUUUUGGGAGACUUCAGUUCUCUGAGAUUGGCACUGAGUGGGAUGCCAAGGAGAGAAUAUUCCGAAACUUUGGGGGACUCCUCGGGCCAAUGGAUGAGCCGGUGGGGAUGCAGAAGUGGGGGAAGGGGCCCAAUGUGACAGUGACUGUCAUUUGGGUCGAUCCUGUCAAUAUCAUUGCUGCCACCUACGACAUCUUGAUCGAGUCCAGCGCCGAGUUCACACAUUAUAAACCGCCUUUGAACUUGCCCCUUCGGCCCGGGGUUUGGACUGUCAAAAUUCUGCAUCACUGGGUGCCAGUUGCUGAAACCAAAUUCCUUGUCACUCCUCUGACCUUCUCAAACAAGCAGCCCAUUAAGCCAGAUGAGUCCUUGAAGCUACACAAUGGACCUCCCCGUAAUGCCUACAUGGAACAGAGCUUUCAGGGCUUGAACCCAGUCCUCAAUAUCCCUAUCAACUUAGCCCAUGUGGAGCAAGCCCGAAGGAAUGCAGCCACCACUGGUGCAAAACUGGAGAGCUGGGUGGACUCGUUAGUUGGAGGAGUCUGGUCUGCAGUGGAUAUCUGUGCCAUUGGCCCCACAGCCUGCCCUGUCAUGCAAACAUGCAGCCAAACUUCCUGGAGUUCCUUGAGCCCAGACCCCAAGUCUGAGCUGGGAGCCAUCAAACCCGAUGGUCGGCUGAGGUAGCAUCUGGUCGUGCUAUAGAAUUUAAAAGGGAAUUUCACCCUGAGUAUAUGGGAUCCUAAAGCCUCUUUCACCCCAGUGAGUAGUUCCCAUGUGGGAGAGAAGCUCUUAAAUUCACCAUCAGUUUGAAAUCUAGGGUUUAAGAACCUACGUUGGAGCCUGGCAUUGUUCUCCCUGAAAUAUGCUCAAGAGAAUGGUAGGUUGCCCCAUUCUGGUCCUAAAAUAGUCUUACAUUUUGAGGGGGCUUUUUGUGGUGGGGACAGGGGGCAGGUUGUUUUUUCCAUUUGCUUCAUUAAGGCUAUAAGUCAUUUUUCUUCCCUUUGGCCAGACAUCCAGAUAGACCAGAGAACUGUGGGAGUUGAUAAAAAUAUUCACUCCUCUGUCAGUCAAAAAGCCCCCCAUCAGUGUUCAUCAAAUCCUUUGGUUUCACCCAGAAUGCUGAGUGGGAAAAAAAAGCCCAAAGUGAUUUCACUAGAAGUGGAGGGUUCUCUACCUCCUGUUUUGUAGUUUUCCUUCUAGCUCAGAUGGACAAGAAAUGAAAUUUACAGUAUUUCCUUACAAUGAUGGCCACACUUCCAUGCAAGCAUCACUGAUACUCAGUGCAUUUCAGGAGUGAAAAAUGCGAGGGUUUCAAUCUCGAUAAUUGUCUGGGGCCCCUCAUUGUUGGCGGGUGCUAUAAGCAGGGAAAUGUCAGAGAUUGGAGAUAAUGACAGUAGUUCAAACAAUUGCCUUAUGAAGUCUCCCAGAUAUUUAAAGAGAGAGAUUGCUCAAGUCUCUGGAGAAUGGAAAUUCGGCAUCUGCAACUUGUUUAAGAUGCAAAAUUCUUUGACUAAAAAUCAGAACAAUGCCAGACACCUCCGGCGGUUCUCCCAUUCCCCAGGCCAAACCUUGCCAGGUGCCCCAUUGGUGCUGGUUACGAGUGACCAAAUUGCAUGACCCAAACUUUUUGACCCAGGAUAUUUUGAAAGUCCUUUUCCAACCAAGUUUUUAAGAUAUCUCUUUUCUUACAUGCAAUGCCCACUGGAGUACCUUGCAAAGACUGUAAGGAUGUUCAAUUAUUUUGGUUUUUAGGUUCUAAUUACUUGAGUAGCCAAGAAGGUCAAGGUUUUCAUUCAGUUCAACAAACUGAAUGCCCACAACAAGCAAGGCAAGGAUCCAUCCCAUUGAGUGGCCCUCCCAUUCAGACUCAGAGGGAUGAGCCUUUCAGGUGACCCCUCCAUUGUUCUCUGUCACUUCCUGUGGGGUGAAAUUCCCUUUUAAAAGCUGCACAUUUGGUUGCAAAAAAAAACAAAACAAAACAAAAAAACAAACAAAUGACCUAGACAUGGAGCACCGAGCCCUUGUUCUGUUUCUCUCCAUAGUGUUGGUUUGAAGCUACUGAAGUUUGCUUUGGACUUGAAAUAGUGAGGUCAGCUGUGCUGAUGUUAUGUCAGAGCAUUAAAUGUUAUAUGGAGCCAGGGAUGCAAACAAGGACGCCUAGAAGGAACACUUUAGAUAUUUAUUAUUUAUAUGUUUUAGUCAAUGACUAAUUAGUAGGUGCUGUUUUUGCAGCUUGACAAUUAUGUUAUCUUACUAACUAAAGCUGCCUUUAUUCACAAAAGGCUCCCCACCCUUUCUCAGCCCCAUCCCUCUCCCAAGACACACACACGCUCAUCUUUUUUUGCUAUGUUCUCAAUUUGUGACUGUUGCUGGCCGGGAGCAUGAGGAGUGCUCCUGCCUGUAUUGUCAGCAGGAGACAGAUUCAUUCCCUCCCCUAUCAACAGCAGACUGAUGCCCCCAGAUGUUCUCUUAGCCAGCCCUUAGUGACAGCAGUAGGUCCUCCCAGGUCCAAGCCCAGAAGGCUCUGAGCCCCCUGUAGUCUGGGUAGAAAGAAGUUUUGUACCUUCUCUUCAAAGCAAGGAAGGUGGCUAGAGACUGCAGCUCAGCGCAUCUACGCUGGACCUUUUUUUGCCUUUCAACCCUUGCAUUAUGGGUCACUCCUAUCUCUCCUGUCCCAUUUGCAGAUGAAUUUCCUUCAGUAAAUCUCACUUCUAGAGCCCCGAUUCAAAGUGAGAUAACUGAGGCAAAUGGGGUUGGAAGGUUAGUUCAUCUGAUGUGUGAGGCCAAAACUGGGCAAAAGCUCUUUGUCCACAUGGAAAUCUUCCUGCUCCUUGUACAAAGGGGCUUUCAGAAACCUUCGGCUCAGUUUCACAGAAGUCCCAUGUCGCUUAUGUAUUAAGACAUAAUCAGUUGUGCAGGAGAUUAAAAACUUCCAAACCAAGCUACUUCUACACAAUUUCUCUGGAGAAGUGUGGUAGCAAGGACUUCGCUGAACAUCCUGCUUUGGGACGUGGCAAAAACAAAAUCUUUCUGUAACCUCUCCAUCAGCCAGCUCAGUUUCUGUAUUUGUAGCAGUAUUAUUUGUGGUGACUUUAGGUCUGAGCCCUAUUGUGUCAGUGUGGUUAAUAUCAGCCUACAAUCACCCAGAAGUUGUACCUACUAUGCUCAAUGACAUUUCUGACUUUUACAAUCCUGGAAUGAGUGGAGAAACCCCAGAGUUGGUUCUGGGACAGUCCAAGCUGUGAAUAUUUUCCUCUAUGCUUAACUCCCCAUCCAUCCUGCUGUAGGAAAGUAGGUUGGGAUGUGGAACCCCCAUUGGGUUUUUCACAUUUGGGGACCAGAGAAUAUGCAUUUGUAGAUGUUACAUUUGGUGAAAAGGAGAAUUCCAAAUGAGAACUCUAUUGCACCGAGACUCCAUGAUAGCAUUUUUUCAAAUGAAAAUGUUCAGUCUUUCUCAGUCCUAUCCUGAGACUAAUUUGAUUAUUUGGAUAUCCCAUUGGAAAAGCCAACCGUGAUCAUGUGCUCUUGCUUUCUGUGGAAAAGUCACAUUUCUUUGGGCACAAGGUUUUGUUUACUUUGGGGCUGUUUACCCUGGAAUCUUCUCUGAACUUUCAGUUUCAGAGUAGGGUGUCUGGAUAGUGAGAGGGCAAGUCUUCUGGGGUGGGGGUGAGUUGGAGAUUGGUAUUAAAAACUGGCUGAAGUGAUGGUUUAUCGAGUCUGGAAUAGGCUGGGGUGUAAGGGCAAGUAUCUAAGGAAUCUAAGCUUGCCUCCAUACCCAGACUGGUAAGAUGACCCCUUGGACAAAUUUUUACUGACCCCUGUAUUCCGGUUUGGGCAGAAGUUGUGCCUUCCACCCCUUGCUUCCUAUUUUUGGAUCUUAAAUCCAGAAUUCAUCCCAGCUUAAGUUGGGCAGCCCCAGUCACCUCAAGGAAAAGGGAAAUAAGUUCAAAGGCUCAUUGUGGGUUUUUUUUUUUUUAAUUGGGCCCUCCUCCAGUCAAGCACAGCUCUAAUUGGCCAGAGAGGCUUUUAUUUCAGAUGGUUGAUUCAGGCUUGAGUGUGAACCAAGGAAUGUAAGACCCAACAUACAAGAUGCAGGACACAAGGAAAGCAAGUGUAUAAAAGCAGCUCAGUGAGAGGAGGAGGCUUCACCCUAGUCCCACAUUAGCACAUACUUGUGAAUUGGGAGCUAGUGCCCUUGGAUACUGGUUUUAUGAUGCAAACAAGCCCUGUGGCUGUGUGGAGGUCUUUGUGACUCCGCCUGGGAGUGCCUGGCCAACAGUACCUGCCAGGGGAACCAAAAAACAGUAUUUGAGGAUCCCACUCUCAGACUAUUCCCAUGAAGGUCAAAACAAGUUGAAAUAGAACUAGCCCUUUGAUACUCACUCAGCUUAAGAGCAUGGGGGGGGGGGGGGGGGGCGGGGGAUCAUUCCCUUUGAAGAUACAUCCGGAUAACAGUUUUAGGUUUUUGUUUUUAGUCUGGAUCUAAGAUUUUAUUUGGCAUAGAAAACUGAAAGUGAAUAAACUUCCAUUAUCAAUGCAGAUCAGCAACUCUUCUCAGCUUAGAGUCUUAUCUUUUAAGCCCUUACUUUCCAUCUUAGAAUCAAUACUAGGUAUUGGUUCCAGGGCUGCAGAGCUGUAUGGACUAGGAAGUGGGGAUUAAGUGACUUGCCCAAGGUCAUUCAGCUGGGAAGUAUAUGAGGACAGACUUGAACCCAGGAUGUCCCCUAGGCCUGGCUCUCAAUUCAUUGAACCACCUAGCUGCCCCCUCAGCUUAUAGUUUUUAAGAAGUGCCAAAAGGUAGUGGCUUGCACAAAGUCACUCUACCAGUAUGUGUCAGAGCAGAGCUAGAACCUAGGUCCUCCUGACUCCAAGACCAGAUGCCUAUCUACUCUGUCACAUUACUGUUCCCAAAUUCUGAGUGUAUUUUCCCCCUGGGUUCAUGAUGCUAGGAAAGGGACAGAUAAUGAUCCCGUGCUGGCCACCAUUUAUUCCUGCUGAACCUUUACAGCCAUGCUGAAUGGUGGAAGGCAGCAUCCCAUAAGGGCCAUCUACCCGAGAGUUGUCAUUGUUCAGAGCAUCACUUGUGUUACUCUGGGUGCCAGUAAAUCAGUCUUGUAUCCCCAGUUGUAGGAAUGUGCUACUAAACUAAAAAGCCAGCGCACACACACACACACACACACACACACACACACACACACACACACACUAAUCCAAUCCUCUCCCCUCCCCAAUAUGUGGGUGAUUCUAAUGACAAUCGUCUUCUUUGUAAAGAGAAGGUGAAAGUAGGAAAUAGUAUGAAUAUCUUUUAACAAUGAAGAAAGGAAAUAUUAGCAAAGGAGUAAAAUGAUUCUUUUCCCUUCCUAGGACUUGGACUUCUUACAUGCACUCACACAUGAAUGUGCAUGUGUAUUAAUACUUUACACACAUUAUUAUGUUCACUCUAGUAAAAGUUCCUGCCCAAGAAAGAAAGGGGGGAAAAAAAGAAAAUUACCAUCGUGUCUCAUUUCUGUUGCCAGUGCUAUUGCUCCUUAUGCUUCAUGACCCUGACAGCAAAGCUAUGGCAAGAAACAAUUCAAGAUAUGCCCCCUCUUCCCUAAAUUAUUCCCCUGAAUGAUUUGCUUCCGCAGGUCAAUUUGAAUAUAAAGCUAUGGAGUUUGCCCAUGAUGAGUGUUGAAUGAUCUUUAUCCUUGGAUAAACAUGGCCAUCCUUGGAUAAAGCCAGGAAGACCUGGGUUCAAGUUCUCUCUCAGAUACCCACUAGCUGCAUGACUAAGAAGGACAAGUCACUUAGCCUCUCUGUAUUUCUAGCCGGCUCUCUAAGACUCUGAGUUGGUGGUCUGUACCAAUGAAUAGAGUUUCCAUGCCAAGAGUUUUUCCUAUGGAUGAAAUCACAGGACCAGAUUCCAUCACCACACACACACACACACACACACACACACACACACACACACACACAUCAAAGAAACUGAUUCUUUUUGGAAAGUGGAACCAACCCCAACUAGGAAAGAUAGUUGUCGGUCAGCAGAGAUUCUCCAUUGGGAACCUCCAUCUCUCAUCUGCUUUUAUUGUCCAUUUAAUGAGAUAGAGAGUUCCCAGGAUUUGAAGAUCUUCAGCUAUCAUGUUAUCUGCUGCUAUAUAUCCCAGAAACCUCCAGCCUACUUGACUAAAUAUUUCUUGUCUUAAAAACCUUUAAAAUGAAAGGAAAGCAUCAAAAGUCCCCAGGACAAAAGUGAUUUGGUAUUAGAGAAACUUGUAAGCCCCCCCCACCCAACCCCAACAAUGGAGACCCCUAUUGGUUGUUAUUGGGGGUCUUAUCUAGCAUAGACAUUCCAAUCUGUGGUAUCCACCCAAUGGCAAUAGCAUUUGGAUCUUUUUCCCUUCUCCUUGGCUGGCUUCUGUCCAAUAACAUCCAAGACAAUAAAAACUGGGUCUGCCCUCUUGUUCACAGCCAGCUGGCUAGUCCGGCUUAGUCAUCUGCUUUUGGCUUCUGCCUCAAUUGUGUUAUUUUGCCCAUGAGUUCUACCACAGGUGCUACCUCACAGUGUCUGCUAAGAAGUUUACCUAGGGGGUGGGAGGAAGAGAAAAAGGUAUCCGAAAUCUCCUUGAGCUGAAUGUACAAUCUAUGCAAAUUCUCUCUGUUUCUCACUGUCAAACACUUAGAAGUAUUACAUGUAACCUUGCCAAACUAACAGCAAGAUCCUGUACAGGUUUCUCUGAUGACAGAGUACCAAUUUUCGGCGCGGUUCAAAUGCGCCCCGUUUGUAUAUUGUUAACGAGUUGUCUUUGGUUCUGUUGUCGCUAAGCCCCUCGAGGGAGAUCGGGCCUCUCUAUCUGCAAGGAGUCCCUUCUGCUUGGCUGGGAAUAUUUGGAUUGCUAAUGUCUCUUCCAUUCCAUGGAGGUCUCUCUGCACCCCCAAGACACCCCCUUCCAAAAGGAAGGCCAGUGGCCUCACUGACUUCAGCCCCCCUCCUUUCCCACACCUUCAGAGCAUGUCAUCUUCCAUCUCACAACACAACAAAGCCUUAGGUUCCUCCUUUUUGAAAUGUGGCCUUAAAAACAUGUUGGAAACAUGGAUGUUGUCUCACUCUUCGGAUCUCCACCAACAUCACAGAAAGCACCUUGAGAUUGCUGCUAUCCCUCCUACUGGGGGACCCGUCAACUUACAGUUUCACAGAUACAAUGGAAAUUGCUUACAAAUGCAGUCUUUAAGAAAAAUGACCUUAUAUUGUUCCUGUGGGCAAAAUAAAGGUUUGGAUGCUCUCACAAACCAUAGGCAACUCUUGAAGUACUCUCUUACAGCAUAUUGUAGCUGUAAUGGGUUGACUUAAUUACCUACAAAGUGCUAACAUUGAGAUUUUCCUUUUUACACCCUUAAAGACAUGGCAACUUUAUGAACUUCACUCAAGGGUAAAUCAGCAGCACCUCUGUUGUUUAUCCUUUUGCCCUUGUCGAUUAUCAUUGGCUUGAGAAAAAUUGCACUAAAUAUUCCCAGCUGAUCUUAGAGGUGCCACCCUCUCAAUCCCUCUAGCCUCCAACCUCUUUUAUUUUGAUUCCUCACUCUCUGAUCCAGCCCAAAGACAACAGAAAAUAAGGUUUUCAUAGUAAACUCAUUGGCUUUGAAUGGAAUAGUCUUUCUAGUUCUUCCUGUCUUUUUUGUUGUUGUUUGUUAUCGUUGGUUUGUUGGGGUGUUUGUUAAUGGCCUCAUCGUAAGUUAUUACUGUCCCCUCAUUUUUCAGAGACAGGUGGUGAUAUAGUUUUAAAAAAUAACUAUUUUGUUAUAGAUCAUAAUAUGCAUAAAACUGUACAGAAAUAUUUUGUAAUCUAUUGAUUUUAAAAAAGAGAGAACAUGUAAAUACGGUAAAGUUAAAUUAAAAAAAAAAAGAUUCCAAUGGCACACACUGAAAGAUGUAGAUAUUUUGCUAUUUAUUUAAAGGAUUAUUUUAUGAGAUACUGAACUAUCUGAAAUUGACCAGUAAUCCAAGUUUCAAAAAGUCCAAAUGUUUUUUUCAUGUUGUAGAAUGUGAUCUCCAGCAAUUAUUGCACUACCCAUUUUUGCACCUUUCUGUCUUUCAUUUAGCAGAACAACAACAACAAAAAAAUUGUGCCUUAGCUGUAUUUUCUGUCUAGGGGAGUUUGUUUUUUGUCUGACAACGCGAGAUUUUUUGCAGAAAACAGUGGAUGUAUUAAAUACUGUAUCAUACCAAAAACACCGCGGGUGUAUAUAAAUGCUUUCUGUCAUACUGUGUUUUCAGAUGCAGAAUUUUAAAAUUAAAAAAAAAAAGGAAGCUGUCUUUGCGGAACAGUGUCAGUGUGAUUUGUU